AUGGCGAGACAAACACGAAGGCAGCAUUGUACCGACUGUCUGCCCAACGUGGACAGGUGGAUGCACCUCUGCAUCGGAGGACUGAUGCUGUUCUCCAUUGAGCAUGUCAUGGCAGCUUCCUUGCAGAAGGGUGUUGAGGAACCGUUGACGGGUGAAACUGGAGCUGCAAGUUGGCCAGGAAUUGUGGCAAAAUGCCCUCCAGCUGCACCUGCUCGGGGUGGUGGCGGCGAUCCAGAUCCUAUCCCAGUAACCUUGUCAAGGAACCAGUUAGUCACGACGUUGCAGUGCUCUGAAGCGGACACAGAAGAAGUCCCACGAGGACUAUCAAACGUAUGCGUGUCUAAGGAUGGCGCUACCGUGGAUGCUUGCUCGAAGGGGACAGGCGAAAGCGGCGACGUUGUCGCACUCAAGGACGUGCUUGGAGAGGGGAGCGACGCCAAAUGGGUAAAAAAAGGCUCUGAGACACAAACGGUUGAAAACGCGUGGGUGCUGCAGCUGCAAGAAACAGACCUGCCUUUCACUGAUGAAUCCUUCUUUGUGGGUUGCCAGAGAAAGCCUUCUGCGUCAGGAGGAACCGUGUGUCGUGUGAAUGUGACCGUCGAGGCGAGAGCUUCCUCUGCUACCGGCACCGCCGUGACGUGUGCGUAUGGCUCGCACAGCAACCCUGAAGCCUUGAACGUAGAGAUAACGGAAGAGAAAAAUACGUUGACCCUCGCGUGUGGACAACAUGGCGCAAUACUGCCCACUAAGUAUGACGCGGUGUACUGCGACGAUGACAAGCUGACGUCGUGCACGAAAAGCUACGGUGACAUUUUCCAGAACUACAGUCAGACCUGGUGGAACCAAGAGAAACAGAGUGCCCCUGUCACGCUAACCGUGCCGAAAGGAGCUUUCCCGGCUCAGGACAAAACGUUUUAUGUUGGCUGCAACCACACCUCGUUGGGCACAAAGAAACCUGGCCGAGCCGGGACCGCCGUCAGACCUGAAUCCGAUACUGCCAAAGGGGUCUCGCAGUGCAGGGUGAAGGUGACUGUCAAGGCUGCAAGCUCGGGAUCGUUUGUAGCGGAUGCGACCCGAGUCGGCCUACCACUUUUCGGUGUUGUUGUUUUAGGCAAACUUCUCUCAGUGACAGUUUAA